AUGCAGUUCAAGAUGGGGAACGUCCUGCUGUCUCUUCUUUUCUGGUACAAAGCUGUGGUGGCCCUCUCCCCAGGAGAGGAUGAGAGACUGGAGCUGUGGCACAGCAAGGCUUGCAAGUGCGAUUGCCAAGGAGGCCCUAACUCCGUGUGGUCCAGCGAGACAAAUGGCUUGGAGUGUAUGCCAGAGUGUCCCUACCACAAGCCCCUGGGCUUUGAGUCUGGUGCUGUGACCCCAGACCAGAUCAGCUGCUCCAACCCUGAGCAGUACACAGGCUGGUACUCCUCCUGGACAGCCAACAAGGCCCGCCUCAAUGGCCAAGGCUUUGGGUGUGCGUGGCUGUCCAAGUACCAGGACACUGCACAGUGGCUGCAGAUCGACCUGAAGGAGGUGAAGGUGAUUUCAGGGAUCCUGACACAAGGGCGCUGUGACGCUGACGAGUGGAUGACCAAGUACAGCGUACAGUACCGCACCGACGAGAACCUCAACUGGGUGUACUACAAGGACCAGACCGGCAACAACCGGGUGUUCUACGGCAACUCGGACCGCUCGUCGUCGGUGCAGAACCUGCUGCGGCCGCCCAUCGUGGCCCGCUACGUGCGCCUGAUCCCGCUGGGCUGGCACGUGCGCAUCGCCAUCCGCAUGGAGCUGCUCGAGUGCCUGCGCAAGUGCGGCUGA